AUGAUUUUAACAAAAUGUGAUUCAUCUGUUCUUCAACUUAUUGUAUAUAAAGAUGUUAAACAAACACUUGAACAAUUAAAUAGAAAUUCUUCUACUACUAUUUCAAAAAUGAUUAUUGAUGUUUUAAAAGUUUUCAAUUCGAUUGAAGAAUUAACUAUUGAUCCAUCUAAACUACCAUUGGAAUCAUCAACUUUAUCAAGCAACAUUUCACUAUAUAAGCCAACACAUACUUAUGGUCAUGGUUCGGCAUCAGGUGUUGGUUUAACAUCUACCGAUAUUGUAACCAACUGGUACAACAAUAAUUUUUCAACAAUAUCUUUAGAUAAUUUACCUGUAGAACGAUUUGGUUAG